UCUCACUUCAUGAUUAGUUCAUUGUCCUAUAAAUUAAUUGUUCAGCUAUCUCAUUUCUCUUACAAACUCAACCACAAAAAUAAAAGAGUCUUGUGAGAUCAGAGAUGGGAAAUAUGAGGUGCCAUAAGAAAAGGCCAAAGAUGGUGUUGGUUCCAUAUCCAGCACAAGGUCACGUCACUCCGAUGCUCAAGUUAGCCUCAACCUUCCUCAACCAUGGAUUUGAUCCUAUCAUCGUAACCCCGGAGUUCAUCCACUGUCGGAUCACAUCGAAUGCUAAUCCUACGGAUGGGAUUACGUACACGUGGAUACCAGAUGGUCUAGGGAAUGAAGUGACUCGUGACUUCUUUGCCAUAGAUAAUGCUAUGGAGAACUACAUGCCAAUCCAAUUGGAGAGAAUUGUACAGAGUCUUGAUGAAGAUGGAGAAGAAGUUGUGUGCAUUAUUGUUGAUUUGUUAGCUUCAUGGGCCAUUAAUGUUGCUAAUCGAUGUCGGAUUCCGGUCGCCGGAUUUUGGCCGGCCAUGCUCGCUUCUUACCGGCUUGUCGCGGCCAUACCGGACAUGGUUCGCACCGACAUCAUCUCUGCUACUGGAAAUCCGCAAAAUCUACGGCAUCAUAUUGCACUACGUCCUUUCCAGCCUAAUCAACCAAAGCUAUGGACUGGAGAUCUACCAUGGCUGAUUGGAACUCCACAAGCAAGAAAAUCAAGAUUCAACUUCUGGGUCAGAGUUUUAGAUCGAUCGAGUACUCUACCUUGGAUUCUUGUGAACUCUUUCUCUAACGAGUCUCUUAGUUAUGAAGAAAAUUACUUCACUGAAACCACUCAAUUAGGCCAACCCAUGAUUCUGCCAGUAACUGGAUCUUAUUGCAAGCAUUCAGUACCCAAAAGUCCAAGCCUUUGGGAGGAAGACAUGGCCAGUUUGAAGUGGCUGGAAACUCAAAAACCCAAAUCAGUUCUCUACAUCUCAUUUGGCAGUUGGGUUAGCCCAAUUGGAGAAUCAAAAGUCAAAACUCUUGCAUUAACAUUGGAAUCAUUAGGACAACCUUUUAUCUGGGUCCUAGGUUCCAAUUGGAGACAAGGAUUACCAAAUGGGUUCAUCCAAAGAGUGUCAAAACAGGGGAAAAUAGUGUCAUGGGCACCACAAGUGGAGAUCUUGAACCACAGAGCAGUAGGUGGUUAUCUGACACAUUGUGGUUGGAACUCGACAAUGGAGGCUAUACAGUGUGGAAUGCCUCUUCUCUGUUAUCCGAUCGCGGGGGAUCAGUUUGUGAAUUGCAAGUUCAUUGUUCAAGUAUGGAGAAUAGGAGUGAAGAUUGAUGGGUUUGGAUUGAAAGAUGUUGAAGAGGGGUUGAAGAAGGUGGUGGAGGAUGAAGAGAUGAAUGAGAGGUUAAUGAAGGUUCGUGACAGAGUUGUGGGAGAGAAGUCUAGUUUGAAGGCGAAGAUCAACAUCAAUGCCUUCAUUGAUGAUUUGAAUAGAUCAACAGCUUAAUAUUAUGUAAAUGGGCCAGGCCCUGGGUUGUGUUUUUUUUUUUUUCCCCUUGAGAAUGUCUCCAAGGCAAAGAUUUUUGAACCCACCCCGAUGGAGCAAGCCCCCGAACCCGCGCCAAGAGUUGUCUCUGGUUUGGAUAUGGGCUUAUCGUUUGGGUCUUGCAUUCAUAUCUUUGGGCCUGGUGUUCACCAUUUUACUUUCAAGCCCAUAUUGGGCAUUAGACUAAACGACAUUGUUUGGUUUAAAUCAAUUUGUAG